UUGUUCACUCCCAAGCAUCACUUCAUCAUUCUCUACCUUGAUUUCUUGCUCUUCUCUUGGUUACCUUAUCUUUCUAGCUCUGUCCCUAACUUGUGUCUUUUAACACUUGUUCCUCCCAAUCCCCAUUUUUCUUAGGUUUUUCUUUUCUCUGACACAAACCAUCACUUUGUUUUCCCACCCUCUCUCUCUCUCUCUCUUUAUCCUUAAGCCUUCAUUUGUUUUCUGACAAGUAUACUACUACUAGCUAGUAGUUUUUUUAGCACAAUGUCAAGCAGAAGAUCAAGUUCCAGGCAGUCAGGUGUUUCCAGGAUCACAGAUGAUCAGAUCACCGACCUUGUUUCUAAGUUGCAACAGCUUAUCCCUGAGCUUCGCGGAAGGCGCUCAGACAAGGUAUCAGCUUCCAAGGUCUUACAGGAGACUUGCAACUACAUCAGAAGCUUACACAGAGAGGUGGACGACCUAAGCGACCGGGUAUCCCAGCUAUUAGCUUCGAUGGACACCGAUAGCGACCAAGCAGCCAUUAUCAGGAGUUUACUUAUGCAAUAAUCAGCCUUUCUCAUUCUCAGUUUCUCACCCUUUGUUUCACUAUAUUAAGUAUUACUUACCAGCUUUCCAUAUCUAGGUUUUGGUGACCAUCACUAGUAGAAUGUUGAAACAAGGGUCACUACUCCAAUAUCAUAAAACAAAAAUACUAUAUAUAUUUUAAGAUUAUCUUGGUUUAUUGAUGGUGACGCUUCUCAUGAAUAUGGCAAAAUUUUCAAAGUAUAGAAGAAGCAUGCUAGCCAUGACUGUUUUCUUAUGUACUUCAAUCAGCUUUCUGUUAAUGAACUUGAUUAAGACUAAAG